CAGUCUGCGCUCAGUUUAAGUGCUGGGACUCGGAGUGUGGAAAGCAGAGGGCAGAAGUGUGUGUGUGUGUGUGUUUCCUCUCCUCCCUUUCACCUCCGUUCAUCUUCUCUCUCUCAGAUGACAGUCUGAACACAAACUGCAAACAGCAGGAUGAAUGCGUACCUGUACAAGAGCUCCGGACUCCAUCCAAAAGACCCAUUCAACAUGCUGUAACAUCAGGAAAACUGGCUCUGCAAGACAACAACACACACAGAGAGCUUGCAGAAUAAAAUGACCACUUCAUGAGGGCUGAGAGAUGAUCAUGAACGGCCGCUGGUCCUUCAACACCCUGGCCAUCAUCUUUAUCCUGCUGUCCACUGCAGCUCUUUCUGCGCACUUCAGAGUGUGUGAGCCUUACUCCGACCACAAGGGGCGCUAUCACUUCGGCUUCCACUGCCCGCGACUCUCUGAUAACAAGACCUAUAUCUUCUGCUGUCAUCAUAACAACACAGCCUUCAAGUACUGCUGCAACGAGACUGAGUUUCAGAGCGUCAUGCAGCUCAACCUCACAGCCAACUCAGACAGCUUCGCUCACAAUAACUACACAGCCCUGAUCGGUGUAUGGAUUUAUGGGUUUUUUGUGAUGGUUCUUCUGGCGCUGGACUUCCUCUACUACUCAGCCAUGAACUACGAGUUGUGCCGUGUUUAUCUAGAGAAAUGGGGUCUGGGUGGACGCUGGCUCAAACAGGCAAGAAGUCAAUGGCACAGCACAGUUCAGGAGGGAGAACUCAACACAGGACCAGGCCUGAGCCAACAACAACAACAACAACAACAGCUUCAUCUUCACCAUCAUCAUCACCAUCAUCAUCCACGACAUAGCCUGAGAGGAGACACACAGAGUCCAACGCUCCUCUCCUUUCAGACCUCCACAGCCUGAUAUCCUGAUUUGAUCCCACGGAUUUACUCAGUACGACAAAGGAGGAACAGCCAGGAACUAGAGAUUUAGUUUCCUGGUCCCAUCUACAUUUAGGACACGGACUGUGCCGACUACCUCCUGCAGCUCCACUGGAUGAAAUUUUCUCCUCAUGCCGACGCUGAUGCUGAGACUGACAGCUGCGAAUGAGUUUCUCUGCCCAGUCGGAGGAGGCUUGUUCAGCUGAAUCUACGUUUCGACAGCUGUUGAAGGACUUUAAUGAGACUGUUGUCUUUGACAACCUCUACCUUGCCUUGUCAUUUCACAAGUUAAGAUUUAGAUGCAGGGAACAGGAGUGCAUUCAAGAGAGGAGGCUGCGGUGUCAAUAAAUCUCUACAGUAUGUCAUGUUUGCACUGCUCUGAAGCCAUUGGCUGGCUUUUAGUUUUUUUUGAAGUAGCUACAUUAUUUUUAGUUUAUUUGACCCUAACGGAUACAGUGGAAGGAUACAGUAUUUAAAACUCACAUUACCUGUUGUUCUGCAAGGAGUUUUAUGUGAAAUUUGCCAGUGCAGAUUUCCUUGCAAAGUCAAGUCAUGCCGAAUCUGCAUGUUGACCAACAGAAGGACGAUGUUUGGCGUGAAUGUGACUUGAGACCUGUGAUUCAUGCAUCGCUAUACUACAACAGACAGUGGACUUUGUGCGACCGUACCAUAAGGUGCCAUUCACACAGAAUAAAAAAACCCAGGUCAGUGAAACCGAAAACAAAAAUUUAAUUACAAAUAAAUGUAAGAAGCUGAAUGUCUUUAAACUUGAGCGUUGCAUUUAUAGAACACAAAAUGAGCUCAGCUGUAAGGUUCUUAAAGUUAAAAACAGAUUCUUAUUGAUAGAUUUUCUUGAUAUUAACAAUAAAAAGUGUAUAGAGGGCACUUUUGCGAGCUCUGGGGUUGCUACUGUAUAUGUUUUUGUCGAAGCCAGACAAAUUAAAAUGAUUUUUGGCAAUUAAUUAUGUCGGUUGGACAUUUUGGACAUAGACAUGAAAAUUAGAUGUCCAACAUACCGUAUAUUUCAGUGAAUUGUUAAUGGUCUGUACACAUAUCCAAGUUAAUUGAAUUUUAGAGCACAGAAAAAUACGAUAAACUAAAAUAAUGCAAAAAAACUAGAUAUGAAAACUAGAAGCUUUCAAAUUAUACAUGGUUGUUUUAUGAGGUUUUAUACUAUGAUAUUAUGGUCAGAGGCGGACUUAGUAAUUUCGGGGCACUAAUCAAUUCCAGGUAUGGGGCCCUAGCAUUUUUAAAAAUUAAAUUGCAUGUUAAGCAAUAAAUUCACAAAUUAAAAUAAAACAAGUUCACAAACUAUGUACAGCAGGGGUGUCCAAACUUGGUCCUUGAGGGCCGGUGUCCUGCAGAUUUUAGCUUUAAAUUAAAGAUGUUUCUAAAAAGCCUAGUAAGAGUUUGCUUAGCUAGUUGCUUUUUUGGAAAUUUGGCGCUAGGGCUGUCUGAAAAGUCGCUAAGUUAACAAAACUGGAUGGCAUUAGAGUCUUUGAUUGAAGCACUCACACCUCGCACAUGUGAAGUACGGACAAAACAUUCCAUCAUUUAGGGGUGCUCCCGGUCUUGAAAAUAACUAAAACGUUAAAAUCUUAACAGUAAUUGACAGAUUUUACAAAAUAUGAUAGAAAAUGUAUUAAAAAAACUAUAUGAUUAAUAUAGGCUUUGGCAUUGGUAGGAGGCCCCUAAUUCCCCAGGACCCUAAGCGGCUGCUUAUCUCACUUAUUGGUUAAGUCCGCCCCUGAUUAUGGUUUAAAAUAUUUAAAGGGAUCACUUAUUCAAAACUGAAAACUCUGUCAUCAUUUACUUUCCCUCCACUUGAUCCAAAAUUGUUUGACUUUCUUUUUUUAACACAAAAGAAGACAUUUUUAAAAAUGUUGGUACUGGUAACUAUUCACUUCCAUGGUAUCCUACUUCUUGUUCCUACUAUGCAAGUCAAUGAUUACAGGUUUUCAGUUUAUAUGUGUUGUUCAACAGAAUAAUGAAACUCAUUAAUGUUUGGAACCACCUGAGGGACAAAAUAGUGAGUACAUUUCCAUUUUUGGGAGAUCUAUGUCUUUAAAUGCAUAAAUGUCCCACCAUGACAGCUGAAUUCACACAGAAAUAUUACUAUUACA